AUGACGAGCGAUGACCAGUUCUUCUUCAACUACCUUGCAUGGGUUCCUAAUGAAGUAACGAAAUACUCAUCCCAACUCGCAGACUCGAUCGAUAGUCAUGUUGAACGAGCAGCUUCCUACAUUCAGGAAACCCUAUCGCAGCAGACAUGGAUACCGUCGUCCAUAAGACCACCGCCCAACCCCAACUUCUUCCCAGAUGUUUUUCUUCCUCCGAAAUCUACGUUUGAGAGAUGUCAGGACUGGGUUUCGGCACAUCGAGUACUAGCCGUGUCGGCUCUGGCAUUCGUUGGAACAGGUGGUGUUAUGUUAUACGGACAGCGAAAAUUUCACGUCAAGAAGAGAAGAGCUCGGCGAGCGGGCACCGGAGCUCGAAAGGAGAUUGUUGUCAUUUCUGGAUCGCCGCAUGAGCCGAUGACGAGAUCUAUUGCUUGUGACCUUGAACGACGUGGAUACAUUGUCUUUAUUACCGCGACCUCAACGGAGGAAAAACAGAUUAUCGAGAGUGAAGGACGAGAAGACAUACGGACGUUAUGGUUCGAUUUAUCACAUUCUCCAGCAACCCCAUCUGACAUACACCCUUCUCUCUACGUCAUCCAAUCUCUUAUCACAAAUGCCCAGGCUCCAUUGCAUGGAAUGCCACCUCACACUUGCCAGUUGAGCGCCGUUAUCCUCAUUCCAUCUCUAAACUAUCCCACUGGCCCCGUCGCGGCGAUACCAGCUUCAAGCUGGGCCGACACCAUCAACACCCAUAUUUUAUACCCAAUUCUCACAACACAAUUCCUCCUACCGCUCCUCACACUAAAAUCAAACACCCCUUCUAUCGUCUUUAUCUCUCCAACGAUUCAAUCCGCACUUUCUGCGCCAUUUGCCAGCCCCGAAGUAGCAGCAACACGAGCAAUAUCAGGAUUCGCUACAAGUCUACGCCAGGAGCUGAAUCUUCUAGUUUCAUCCAACGGCAAAUCUAGUGGUGCUAUUGAUGUCAUCGAGAUAAAAAUUGGAAACUUGGACUUUGGCCGCCAAUAUCGAAGCGGCCAAAGACAUAAUAAUAAAGGAACAGAGGUUCUUGCAUGGCAGCCUCAUCAACGCGCUCUCUACGGAUCCACCUAUCUCUCGAGUAUUGAUUAUCGCCUAGGAUCUUCAGGGAACGUUGCCCCGAAUUCAAGCCCGGCAAGGGAGCUACACUAUGCUAUAUUCGAUGCAAUUGCUCCCACAAAGAAAAACUUGUUCGGAUGGCGGAAGAAAAAGCCUCGUACCAUUUAUGUCGGUCGAGGGUCUAUCGCUUACAGUAUAAUUGCCCAAAUAAUUCCAGGCGGAGUGGUUGGUUGGAUACUUGGUCUGCGACCAGGCUCCCCCGCUGCCCCUAAUGACGCAUUCGAUGAAGACAACGCGAGCAGCAGCGAAACAGGCUGGGAGAGAGUUCUUGGAGCUUGA